AAACCAAAUGUAUGUAAUUAAUCAAUCCACCCUCUUAACUUUUUCUUCUUCUUACAUCUCUCUCUAUAUAUUUCGAGUAUUGAAAUACAUACAUACGUACAUACUGCGACCCUGUUCGGUUCCGGCGAGAUCACCCGACCCGACCCGGAAGAUGGACGCCAAGCCCAAGCCCAAGCCCGAGCAGAAGCCACCCCAGGCCGAAACAACCACAAAUGAGAUGGAUUCGUUUGGAGAAGGAUACUCGACAAGGGCUGAGGAGGAAGGCUAUGGAGGCAUCUAUGGUUAUGGUGGGAACCAAUCAUUUCUCAAAGAUAAUACCAACGAAAGUGAGAAGAACCAAGGAAGUGAAGUGAAGGAGAAGGAGAGAGGUCGACAACAAAACCAGCUCUCAUUUCAGAUGCCAAUAAUCCACAAGGCAACCUCUUUCCAGAUCCAUCAGAUCAUCCUUCCUUCAAUCGUUUCUGCUCUCUAAUUGCUUAUCUUCUUCUCCAUCCUUCAUCAUAUUCGAUCUUCCUCCUGAUAUAGAAAAGGUUCGAACACUUUGUAAUUUCUUUCACAUCAUCAUUUCUGCAGUCUUUAUCACAUAAUUUGCUACAAUUCAAAGUUUCUUAAAUGCUGUUUUAGUUUAGACUUCUCAUAGUUAUUCCUAUUAAUUAUUGUCUUGAAUUGUUCUCGAAGAGGUUUGAGGAGCAAGUGUGUUUACUUUUCGUGUUUUGAGUUAUUGAAUAUAAUGUUUUGUAUGAGAAAUGAUAGAUUGAACAGUAAGACAAAGUCAACAUGGUCGGCAAAAGGGCGCAGAACAAGCCGGAGAUCGAUGCAACAGGGCAAGAUUAUAAGGUAA